AUCUUUUCAUGAAAUUCUUUUUCAAAGAGGAUGGACUUUUACUGAAAGUGGUCCCCUUGAAAAAGAUCGUCAAUUACUCGUAGAAUUUGAUAUUGUGAUCGAUGAAUUUUUGUCUUUGAGGAAGGAGUUUCGCGAUAUUAUCGCUGAUAUAGCUAAAGAAAUGGGAAAUGGCAUGGCCGAUUACGCAAAAAAUGCUGCGCACAACAAAUAUGGGGUCCAGAACAAUGAAGAAUUUGAUAAGUAUUGUUAUUAUGUUGCCGGUUUGGUUGGUGUUGGCCUUACCCGUUUAUUUGCUGAAAGUGGUCUGGAAAGUCCGGAACUCGUAAAAGAUACUGAAUUGUCAAUUCACAUGGGUUUGUUUUUACAAAAAACAAACAUAAUUCGUGAUUAUUUGGAAGAUCUUCUUGAUGGACGUAAAUUUUGGCCAAAAGAAAUUUGGUCAAAUUAUGUUGAAGAUUUUUCAGAUCUUAAAGAGUCUGGUAAUGAAACUGAGGCUCUUAAUUGUCUUUCAGCCAUCAUUCUUAAUGCUCUUCAUCAUGCUCCAGAAUGUUUAGAUUAUUUGAAUAAGCUUCACAAUAGAUCUGUUUUUAGUUUUUGUGCCAUUCCACAGGUGAUGGCAAUUGCAACUUUGGCUUUAAUGUUUAGAAAUUAUGACACAUUCCAAAAAGUUGUCAAAAUUAGAAGGGGAGAAUCUAUUAAGUUAAUACUAAAGUGCACAAAUAUUCAUGAAGUUGCAAAUAUCUUCCGUGAGUAUUCUAGAGUAAUCAUCCGUAAAAAUGAUCCUAAAGACCCUAAUUUUAUGAAGAUUAGUGUGGCUUGUGGGAAGAUUGAAAAAUGGUGUGCUGUCAAUAUUCCAGUUACAGAUAUCUACCCAUAUUCUACAACUAUUAAAGGAGACUUAUUUAAUCAGGAAACUGAUAUAUUAUUAUUUAUUGGGUUUGGUUUAUUGGCACUCACGGCUUAUCUAUUGUAUUAUUAUAAUUGGGAACAUUUUAGCUUCGAUGAAUUAAAAAUAUCGAAUAUUUUUGAUGCUUGA